GACGAGGGGCAAGGGUGGUGGAUAGUGGAGGCUAUUGGAACGCUGCCACCUUAGCUCUUACAAUGGCUCGUUCUCUCUCUCAAUCGAAGGGUAUCGUCUGUCUCGUUUCCGACGCGCUUAGCUCGACUCUUCAUCGGCGAGGCUAUGCGGUUUCUGCAUCUCCAUCGCAUGUCCCCCUGAACGGCGGCAGAAUGGGGAAGCUCGAAGACACAUCGGCCACGGCGACCAAUCAGAGUUCGUCAGAGGCAUCCUCUGCAUGGGUUCCAGAUCCCGUCACUGGUUAUUACAGGCCCAUCAAUCACUCCCCGGAGAUCGACCCGGCGGAGCUCCGACUCAUGCUUUUGAACCCCAAAGUCAGGUCACCCACCCACUCCACUUGAAAUCUGUUUUUUACUGGCUUCGAAUGAUCGAUCUUUUCAACGUUAUAUGAUACUAGUACUAUUUUCUGCUGCUGCAUAUCUGUCACGCAUGACCAAAUUACAAUUUUUCAACAUAGAAGAGUUCUUGAUUUGAUUUCCAUGUUAACAGUUGUAUUCUCAAUGCUUAAAGAAUUUAUUAUUUUUCCC